AUAUAAAUAUUCAUUGGGCACUUUGUUUGGUGUCAAUACAUCUCAUACCCGCAAACAAAAGUUCGCAGAGCAAACAGAUCCCUGCCUAGUUCGAAACACCUCAUCACAAAUACCCAGAAGGAUUAAUUAACACCAAGUAUGAGAAAACGGGAAUUCAUUUGCUUGUCAAUAUUACUGCACUUGUGCUCAACACAUGGCGACAAAUAUAAUAUGACAACAGACGCGUUGAAGAAGUUAUUUGAUGAAAGCAGAUAUGACAGAAGAAUAAGACCUUUUUUCCAAACAGACAAGAUAAAUGUGACAGUGGGUAUGUCUGUGGUCAAUUUUGGUCAAAUCCGUGAAGUCUUCAUGGAUUUUUCCCUUGAUAUAUUCUUCUAUCAACAAUGGUAUGACGAGCGUCUAAAGCAUGACCUAAGGUAUCCCAUAACCCUAGGUGGUGAAUACCGACGCUUAAUUUGGAUGCCUGAUACAUUUUUUCUCAACGUCAAGACAGCAAAGUUUCAUAACGUGCCGGCUGAUAACAGUAAAAUAUCCAUCUUUCCUGAUGGUCGAACAAGAUAUAGUACAAGGUUGACGAUAACUGCAGGCUGUGAGAUGAACUUAAAAGAUUAUCCACUCGAUGAACAAUCUUGUAACCUAACUAUUCUUAGCUAUGCAUUUAUGGCUCACGAGCUCGAUUACAAUUGGGAUGGCAAAGCAUCGAAAGCCAUUAUCGUUAUCAACAAAGCCAUGAACGAGUUUGACUUGAGUGGAUUUGAAACCUCGAAAGAAAUAUACCCUUACGUAACAGGUCGAUGGACUCAUUUGACAGCAACGUUUUCUUUCAGUCGUCGGCUUGGUUAUUCCCUGAUCCAGGUUUAUGCACCGACCUUAUUGAUAGUUAUGUUAUCUUGGUUAUCGUUCUGGAUAUCCCAAGACGCAGUCCCAGCAAGAGUAGCUCUUGGGGUAACGACAGUCCUUACAAUUGUCACUCUCAUGGGAUCGUUCAGGUCACAGGUUCCAAAGGUGUCUUACAUAAAAGCCAUCGAUUUGUUCUUCAUCGUAUCUUUCAUAUUCGUCUUUGGGGCGGUCCUGGAAUAUGUAGUCGUUUUGCUAUGCACUGCUGUUCGCGAGCAAAAGAGAAAAGCCAAAAACAAUGAUGAUAACCGCAAUACCAGUGAAGAAAUCAUGUUGGAUGUAUUAGACAAAAAUCAAGAAAACGAUCAACAAAGAGAUGACAUCGAAACCGUCUUUUCUAAAAAGGGUUUCCGACAUAGGAUAGCACGUGGAAGUAAAAUAGACAAGACAAGGAAAUUAGUUCGUUUUGCAUUCAUUGAACAAAAUGCAAGCAAAGUUGACAAGGUCUCAAGAUAUAUGUUUCCCUUAGCAUACACCUUUUUCAAUAUCGCUUAUUGGAUGUAUUACUCUUUUGGAACGUUCAAGAGCAGCGGUUCCAUGAAGCAUUCUAAGCAAUGAAAGUUUAUUUUUUCCUUCAAUAAAUUAUUACUACAUUCCAGCUGGCUUGGCAUGCAACAGGAAGACAGACGUUUUGAUUCAUUGGAUAUCGUGCUUUCCAUUUAGACGGCAUCAAGUUUGGCCUAGCAAAGAUACCAUGCUAGUAUUCAAUUAACCUUGUGAAACUAAACCUGAUUUAUCUAAAAAACGGACAGUAAAUAAGGAACCACGAAUAACCUAAUAUAUGCUAAUAUGAUGACAGAUUAAUAGACCUUAAUGAAUUUAUAAAACCUUCCGCUUUAAUCAUGUUUCGUAGGCGCUUGUACAUGAAAAUCAGUAGACCUGCGUUUCAACUGAUCUGUAGUGGCCACGAAUACCAUUACGGCAGCCACAGAAUGGGAAUGGCCUGCGGUCAAGAAUAAUGCUCGUACUGAAUUAAAAACAUGAGAAAAGGUACCACCUUGGAGUGUUCUAAAUACUAUUUAAUUCCGCGUUAAAUACGCAUGCCUCAAGAAACUUACUAAUUUCGUCUAUAGCCUUUGGCACAGUAUACUUGGUACACGCUAAAUUUAAAAUUUCAUAUACAUAUAUUCGCAAUAUUUUAUAUGCUGGCAUACAAUGUGGCAUAUGCGAACUUCAUAUCAGAAUAAAAAGAACAGUGAUAUUGAUUACUAUAAGAACUACUAAGAAGGAUUAAUGAAAAAUACCACUUGCAUUUGAUGAAAGUGGCUUAAUAUCACAAGUGCGUACUGGCAGGAGUGAUAUUAAGCCUUUUUCAAAAAAUGCCAGUGGUUUUUUUCAUUAAUUCUUCAAGAACUAAGGUGUUAUUUCCUUUUAAUAAUAAAUCUUCAUAAAAAAUUCGCGUUUCUGAAGUAAAAAAAUAAAUAAUUGACAGCAUUCAGCUCUAUGGUAAAACGUUUUCGGAUUUUAAGAAGAAAUCACUUCAGUUCAGAAACAAGGAUUUUAUGUAGAUGUGAUAUUAAAAAACUAGUCGAAUUAUCAGUACGAUGUCAAGUAAAAGAAACUUGAAGCAUUUUUCAAUAAUAUAUGAUAACUAUAAAAAUAUACAAAAAAUUAAAAAAUAAAACAGUGAGUAAAAAUGUCGACAGUUAUUUUCUAGUACUAAGCUCUGGAUGCGCGCAAAUGGCGAGCAUGAGCGGGAGAGAAAAUGAGUUUACUCAAGUCAAGUGGGAAAUAUUAAGAGAUACCUAUAUACUUAAUGCAUUAAUAUGAAUUAGGUCGGUAGCUUUUAUCAAAACUAUUGUAUACACCUAGUUCAAAUUAAAAAACGUUCAAAAAA